UGAGGCACGAGGGGGUUCUGCACAUUUUGCUCCGGCUGCGGCCACAUUCUGGAUGCACAACGGUGGAUCCGUGCCGUGUGGGCGCGCGCUACGGUAGUGUGCGUUGCACAGCCGUACCUCUACGGGGGCUAGCUUCAGUCGGUCUAAGACCGUUGUCGUGGUUGCGCGCUUUUAUGUUGGAAAGUUCGGUUUUUGCCCGCACACUGCACUUUUGCAUCACACACUCACACUCACGCCAGGGAUUUGACGCGUUCGCGUUCUAGGUGCCCCCCCUGGAAUCCGUGCCAGCUCGGUCAAUCCAAACAAAAACAAUGCUCCAGACCUAGGCUCAACGGGUCUGUCCUCUGUCCUUUCCUGUGUUCCAGCAGAGUUUGACGUCUGAGAUUUUCCGAUUCGCCCAGGGACAGCUCCUUCGCCAUAUGGUUCCACGCGCGUAGUCCGUUCGGGGUGUCCGUACCAGGAAGCCGGAACCUUACGCGGGCGUUACGGGUGCGCGUUACGCUCUCCAGUUAGGUCAGUUUGAUUGCAGUGACAAGUGUAGUGACAGCCUCAAUAAUCGUUCAGUGUGAAUAGGCGAAGAUCCGCCGUGAAGAUAUCGGCGAGAGCCGGCUUUCAGGUCGAAGAUUCUUGUACGUUGAUAGCGCGCCGCGUUCGCCGCACAGUUCGGAACUCGUGGAAGAAUUUGGAACCUUAACACGGUAGCGGUCGCUGCUGUCGCGGAGAUUCGAGAUUUCACCGGUCCGAUUCUGUCAACAUGUCUUAAGCAACCCGUCCGUCAGCGGUCUACCCAAGCGUGCCAACUGGUCCCCUGGCCGGGCCGGGUGUUUGCGAAAUUUUCGCGAUGAAGUCUAAUUAGGCACCCCUCGCCAAAUUUCCUGAUCUGAAUUGGAUGUUGGACUUCCGAAAAAAAGGCAAAAUUAGAGAGAAACCGUGGGCCAGUUUGUUGGCACCUGGGUCGAUUUGAUGGGGCGGUGAUUGAGGAAACUGAGGAAAACUUUCAUCUGCAAACGAGACUACGCUGAACGGCUUGUUCCGUCCGUUUCCAAAAGCUGAAGGAAGUUGACGAAACGCUAUGAAGAAUUGGGUCAGCGAGACUGCGAACUGAUGGGAAACAAACCAGUGACUUCAGAGGAAGCAGCUGACCAAACUCCUUUAAAAAAAAGUGUGACCACCGUGCCAUACCAAACAGUGAACAAGUGAAUUGAAAAACAAUCAUAAUUGAUUUUUGUGUAGUGAAAUACUUUUAAAAGCAAACUUGCGAAAGGAUACCCAAACCAGCAUCCGAAAUGGAUAUGACAUCGGCAGCGGAGGCUCGAAGCUGGUACGAUAACCAGCGGCUAGCGGCAUCACCGGGGACAACGGCCGGCUUGGGUGGACACCAGUCGGUUGGGGCCGGGAUGGACCCGACCGAAAUGAACCCGUUUUACCCGCUCGAAAAUGGUUCCCACCGGAGGUAUUACCCCACCAGCUAUGCACCGCACGCAUCCCGCAUGUCCAACUCGCACGUGACCUCGCCGCAGGUGUGCCGUCCGCACCACUUCCACGGGCCCCUCUCGUGGCUCAGCGAUCCGACGGCGACCACGUCAACGUCGCUGACCAAACCUGCCAUCGCGUCCAGCAGCGGCGUAUCGUGGGGCAGCCCGUUCGCCUGUCCCCAGGACCCGCAGGACAAGCUCAGCCAGGCCAUGGCCAUGGGUGUCUCCGGCGGAAGUGGUCAACUGGGAGCGGCAGCCGGUCAGCUACUCGGCGGAGGUAGCAGUAGUGGCUUUUCGUUCCCACCGACCCCGCCCAAGGAUUCGACGCCGGACUCGGUACAUACCGGGCCUACCGAGUACCAGGCCACGAUCAACGCCUUCAUGCAGCAUCAGGCCCAGGUGACGUCCAACAGCUUGGCGGCCCAGCAAGCGGCCGCCGUUGCCGCCCAGGACAGCUGCAUUCUGGACGUGAAGCCGUGCUUGACGGGGAACGGGUCCCUCGGAGGGUCAGGACUAACGGGGAGUAGUCACAGUGGUGGUGGUGGUGGGAGUGGAGGGACAGGGUCAAGUGGAAGUGUUGCCAGUGUUGGUGGUGGUGGUGCAAACGGAAGUGGUUCCAGCGGUUCCAACAACGGACAGAACCAGCCAAAGCAGCGGGAAGGUACGACCUUGAACGGUUCUGUGAUCGGUUCUGCUAGUAGUGGUAACAACAGUGCACUGUUUGAUUCGUCCGGCCACGGGUCGUACGGUGGCCAUACGGCGGGAUACGAUACGACGGCGGCCAGCUAUAGCAGCAGCUAUGGCCAUCACCAGCAAAGCGGUUCGUUUCAUCCAAACGUUUCAAGGGCGACCUCCGGUAUGACCGGAGGAGGUGGGUCGCACAUGAAGUCGGCGUCGUCGCAGAUGAUGUCGACGAGAACCAAGGCUCGGACCACUGCCGAGGGCCGCGAGUGCGUCAACUGUGGGGCCACGUCGACCCCGCUGUGGCGAAGGGACGGCACCGGCCACUACCUGUGCAAUGCCUGUGGGCUGUACUACAAGAUGAACGGCCAGAACCGGCCGCUGAUCAAGCCCAAGCGAAGACUGGUUAGCUCACUACAAAGCGCCGCGCGCCGGGCAGGGACGUCGUGCGCCAACUGCAAGACGACCACGACGACGCUCUGGCGGAGGAACCAGGGCGGCGAACCUGUUUGCAACGCCUGCGGCCUGUACUACAAACUGCACAACGUAAACCGUCCCCUGACGAUGAAGAAGGAAGGCAUCCAAACCCGGAACCGGAAGCUGUCGUCCAAGUCGAAAAAGAAAAAGGGCGGCAUGGGUGCCGGGUCGUGUCUUCCGCUCGGAGGUCACCACCACCAUCACCUGGGUGACCUGAUGAAACCGCUGGACCACAACCACAAGUCGGCGUUCCCGGGGGCUUUUCCUGGAGCGAUGGGUCAGCACAGCCACCUGUCCGGUGGGCUGCAUCCGGCCCACACGCACAUGCACGGCGGCUGGUACGCAACCGGCAUGGGCGCCCUCGGCACGUCCACCAGCCUGCAGAGUGGCUUCGGCAGUGCCAGCACGCUCGGCGGGGGCGUCGUGCCCCACUCGCAGUCGUACCACCUGGGAUUGAACUCGAUGAGCUGGCGCUCGGAAUACACGUGAUGGAGCAGUAACAACUUCAACACCAACCUGUUUGAGUUUAGCACGUCCCCAAAGUUGCAGUCUCACCAUCAUCAUCACCACAGCCAUCAGUCAGACACCCUGCAGCAGCCGGCCCAUCUUCAUCCCGGGGUGGGUCUGCUGGAGCAUCAUCACUAUCACCAUCACCUCGGUGGGCACGAGCAUCAUCAUCACCUACACGUUCCCGCGCUGAGCACGGCCAGCAACAACAGCAGCAGCAGCCAAGAUCUUGACGUGCAAAGUCAGCAGCAGCAACAGUUUCAACAGGAGCAGCAGCAGCAGCAGUCACAACUUCAUCAACAUCAGCUGCACCAUCUGGCGGCAGUGGCCACGGCGAAUCAAGUACAAAUGUAAUGCGAGCUUAAGUUCACAUAAAGUGAGGAUCAUGGAAGCGUUCUCGUUUCAGAAUUCAAUUUCAAACUUAAUCAUCUUUUUCCAAGUUUUUUUAUGACUAAUACAAAUUUGAAAUGAAAAAAUAACUUGUACACUAGUUGAAUUACAGUGUCUAACGUUUAUUUUUGCUGCUAAAUUUUGGGCUUUCCAAAAAUUUGCUUCUCGGGACUUCAGUUCGAAAAACGACGCAAAAUUAUCUGAGAAAUGCAUUUUAGAAACUUUUUUUUCUAAAAUAAAAAAAAGAAAACAAAUUUUGAAUUUCAAGCUCUAUGAAGUUUGCAUUUAAUUUUCUUAGCUUUUUGCAACUAUAGAAUAAUACAGGUAU